GAGCCAGGUGGCUGACUCGUGCAUGGUAGUAGCAGCAGCAGCAGCAGCAGCAGCAGCAGCAUCUGUUCUGCUGUCCCACGCCACAGCCCACUCAAGAGCCCACCAGACCAUGGAUGCAGUGGCUGUGUAUCAUGGCAAAAUCAGCCGGGAGACAGGGGAGAAGCUUCUGCUUGCCACCGGUCUAGACGGCAGCUAUUUGCUGAGGGACAGCGAAAGUGUCCCAGGCGUGUACUGCCUUUGUGUGCUGUAUCAAGGUUACAUUUAUACAUACCGAGUGUCCCAGACAGAAACAGGUUCUUGGAGUGCUGAGACAGCUCCUGGGGUACAUAAAAGAUUUUUCCGGAAAAUAAAAAAUCUCAUUUCAGCAUUUCAGAAGCCAGAUCAAGGUAUUGUAAUACCUCUGCAGUAUCCAGUUGAGAAGUCCUCAGCUAGAAGUACACAAGGUACUACAGGGAGAAGAGAAGAUCCUGAUGUCUUCCUGAAAGCACCAUGAAGAAAAAUAAAACACUUUGUACUUUAUUUUCAAUAAUUUAAAUACAUGCUAAGUCUUAUAUAUUAUAGAUAAUACAGUUCAAUGAGCUACAAAUGCAUUUCUAAAACCAUCACAGUCCUGCGAUGGAAACAUCUAGCAUGAUGUACAAGCUGAAAUGGACUGUGCAGAUAAUGAGGAGCAGGAAAAAAUAAUGCCACAAGUUAUUUUCAGUUAUAUUUACAAGUGGGAAAAUGGUUUAAAAACACAGUGAUACUUUAUAAAGGAUUAAUGUUAAUUCUUGUGAAAUAUAAAUAAAAACAAUCUUCAGUUUUUUUUAAAGGACCACUUUUAGUGAAACGCUAUUUGAUAGCACUGAUUUUUAAAUGUCUUAUAUGGUGGAUAGCUGGUUCGUGUUGCUCACCUUUGUCAUGUGCGGUUCUACAUUAGACAUUAUGCUUUCCACUAGCUACGGGUGUUGUAGACUGUUUUGGGGUUUGUGAAGCUGUCCAUUGUGUGCUAAAACAAGUGCUAGAUAAAGAGUGAAGAACUUCUGUUUAAUUCUGAAAGCAACCUUCUUGCCAUUGUUCUGAAGUUGGAGAGUAAAAUCCACAGACCAAUCUGGAGUUUAAAAAAUCCCAUAAUUUUAAAUAUGCUCUACAUGUUUAUUACAGUUGAUGCUACAGAAUUUGAAAUUAUAUUGUGAAUCUGAUUAAGUGGACUCGACUUCUUAUUUACUUCUGUCUGCCCCAAUUUUUUCUAUUCCAUGCAAAACCUCAUUUUGAAGGGGAAGUUUCAGCAGCUGCAGCUCCUCAGCUGUGGCUCAGGGGUAGCUGACUUAUGAGCAGUCUCCCUAUUAGGUAACUCUACAGACCACUGGAAGGAAAGCUUAUGGUUACGUUAAUUUUUUUCCCUUUGGUUACGCUAACUUUUAACAAUUCCAUGUGAUUGCAACCUAAGUGAGAACUAAGAUUUUACACAGUCAUUUAAAUUUGUAUUUUCUUCUCAUAGUUUAUGUUUUCAUGACUCUUGUGAUUUGAUGAUAUGUCAAGUUGCUUCAGGGCUCAUAGAAUUUAUUUACUCAACACACAGAAUAGGCACUGGGUUAGAAAAGUAAAAAUACACCUGGUCCCUGUACUCAAGCAGCUUACUGCUAGUUGGACAAGAAAAUAGUAACAAUAAAAGACAUAAAACAGUAACAAGAAAAUAACAAUAAAGGGUGAUAAGUAUGUGGUAGGUGAGGUUCCCAAUGUGUCGGCACAUCUGUCUUUAGAGGCAGAGUGAGUCAACACAAUUGCUCUGGUCCAUGGUUCAGAGGAAAAGGUUGAGUUUUAUUGUAAACUAUUAAAUUGGAAUUCUGGAUUGUACAUGAAUGGUGGUGAACUUAGUUAAUAAUUAGUGAACUGCUAAGAGAUAGAGCUACUCUCCAUGUGCUGGCAAGAUGUGAUUUCUUAGCAUUUAACAUGGAUGCUAUGUAAUAAUGUACUGUGGGCUGUUUACCAUUUCUAGAAGUUAAGGAAUCACUUUAACUUGUAAAGGAAGUCACAAAGUUAACUUUUAAAAUAAAAUGUAUAUGUUUAGAUAUUUUUAGAUGAUUUGUAGUUUGGGUUUAAAUUUUAAUAGGUGUAUCUAUUUUUUUUACUCCAAUUUGUUCAUUCUGGAAAAAUCCUAAACAUAUGAAUUAUGUUUGCCUGUUCCUUUAUCAGAGCCUUUUUUGAUAAAGCUUUUUUGAA